AAAGUUUAUUCCCCUGUUCCCCCACAAACCCAUACCUAUCCGAUGCCGAAUACUUCCAAUACAUAGUACCUAGUACUUCUUCUUUACUUCUACUUCUCCAAAUUUUGCAUCUCUCUAGGUAUCUCGAGUCAACAUGCCGUCUGCAUGGCGUUCCGCGACCCGCACAACGGCGGCGCUUAAAUGUUACCAUCUACACCCGAAUUCCUACAGUCUAUAAGUCACGCGGCCAUACUGUUGAUUGCUCACGCUACUCGCGCUUUUUAGUCUAGGCCCGAGAGAAUAUGCACAGGCUGUCCAACAACUUAGAAUGCCGUCAGCUUGCAGGGUCACGCAGCCUCAGACCUCAAAAAAGGGAGACAUGGGAGACAUGGGACAUGGAGACAGGGAGCUCAGGGAGGUGAGAACAGACCUCGGAGCUAGAGGGCGUAAGGCGGAGUGGAAUCCCGUCAGAUGAUGUCGUGGAAUGCUUAUUAGCCCGCCCUCUGGUCUCCAUACAGUACCCUAUCUCCAGUGAUGCUCUCCUCGUAUACCAAGUAUAUGAAGGCCGCGAUACCUAGAUCCUGGGUAAUGCCGCUCUCCUACAUUCCCUCCCUAAUCCACGCUACAUAUCGUCGAGUUCUCGCUCGGAGGUUUCCGAGGCCCGUGGAGCUUCAAUGAUCACGAUAAAGGUAGCUAUUCUCGUGCUGUGCCACUUGUGCUGCCUUGUAGUCGCUGUUGAUACUGCUGUCGAUUUGACAUGCAACAAGUAUGUCGGCGUAGCUACGCCGAACGGCAUCACGCAAUGGCUUGGCAUGCGGUACGCCGCGCCGCCGGUCGGUAACCUGAGGUUUAUGCCUCCGCAGGAUCCGCCAUGCAACAACACAACACAAGUAGCUGAUCAGCAUGGGAAGCUUUGCCUGUCAACAAGCAACUCCCCGCCAGACAGUAGCCAUGCAGAAGAUUGCUUGUUUCUCGAUGUGUAUGCGCCGACCGGCGCGACUCAGAACUCCAAUUUACCCGUAUACUUCUUUAUCCAGGGCGGAGGAUUCAAUGUUCUCAGCAAUCCGAAUCUUAAUGGAUCCGGUCUGAUUGAAGCUAGCGGGAACUCCAUUGUCGUUGUCACCUUCAAUUAUCGUGUAGGCCCGUAUGGAUUUAUCACUGAUGGGGAUAAUAUUACGCCUAAUAAUGGUCUGCGCGAUCAGCGGAAAGCACUUGAGUGGGUACACAACCACAUAUCCCAGUUUGGUGGUGAUCCGGGACACGUGGUUUUAGGCGGCGACUCGGCGGGCGCCGCUAGCAUCAGUCUUCAAAUGGUAGCAUACGAUGGCAAGAAGACCGACUUGUUCCACGCCGCUGCGGCCGAGUCGGUAUCAUUCGCCACGGUCCUUACCGUCGAUGAGAGUCAGUACCUUUAUAAUAAUUUCUCGGCCCUUGUCGGAUGCUCGGGUUCUAAUUCUCUCGACUGUCUGAGAAAUAAGACUGCUACACAACUCCAGAGCCAAAAUACAGGCUUGCCUUAUCCAGGUGAGUUGUCGAAGCCAUUGUAUUCUUGGAACCCGGUACUCGACUACGACUUUCUCACGGACUACACGUAUAACUCAUUCGCCAAAGGCAAGUUUGUCAAGAUCCCCGUGAUCUACGGCGAUGAUACCAAUGGGGGGACAGUCUUCACACCAAGGAGCACAUCGACGCUUGCUGAAAGCCAGGCAUUUCUGCGUGCUCAGUUUCCAUAUUUAACUCAAGAUCAACUAGACAAGAUCAGCUCCAUGUAUCCAAAUAAGAAUGACACCUGCCCUAGCACCGGCUGCUACUGGCGCCAGGUCAGCGACGUUUAUGGUGAUAUGAGGUAUACGUGUCCGGGACUAUACAUAUCUUCAGCAAUGAGGAAAUACGGAGUUGGCCACUCAUACAAUUACCGCUACAACGUCGAAGAUCCGGACCAAGUCGCCCAGGGGCUAGGUGUGCCUCAUACUGUAGAGCUGGCAGCAAUCUGGGGUCCGGGGAAUGUUGGGGGUGUACCGGCGAGUUAUGUGAAUGACGGCAUUAACGUUCCAGUCAUCCCCGUCAUUCAAGCGUAUUGGACGAGUUUCAUCCGUACAUUUGAUCCGAAUACGCAUCGACACCCCGGCUCGGCAGUUUGGAAGAAAUGGAACGAGGGAAAACAGAACCGGCUCUUGUUUCAGACAGGCGGCAAUACGACCAUGGAAACCGUAGCGCCAGACACCCAAACCCAUUGUCAAUAUUUUGCGAGCAUCGGUGUCGAUAUACGGCAAUAAGGGGAAUUAGAGUCACACAGUGCUCUAUCUUGGUGUUGGGAAACGCAAGCGUAACCUCUGUCAGGGCUUCCAAUAUGCUUCUUGGGACGGUUGGGAAUAGAUAGAUCCAAUACUCCGUAUAAUAGAGGCGUAAGAUUAAUUGGGUUGGCUUAGAGAUAGAUAGGUCUAGGCUAGUGAUACCCUUUUGAAUAAUUAAAUUAUUUAUUUUGUUAA